AGGCGAGGAGCGCCUUAAAGGGCGAGGGCGCUUUAACUCUCCCGGGAGCCGCAGGGAGCUUCCUGGCCGGGGCUGCGGAAGGGACUGGCUUAGAUAACGCUUUAUUGGGUCUCAGCAAGAAUCAUGAGUGAAGCUUAGUUAACCAGAUGCACAGACUAUGAAGAAUGUGGCAGACGUAUAUGCACGAAAUUUGAUAUACACAAGGUGAUAUACACAAGGAUUAUGCUUAACCUUUGAGCGGAAGAAGUACUUCCAGCAUUUGGCAGGCGGAUUAAUAUUUGAUGUCAUAGGAUGGGGCUGCAUGUAGCUCUGUGAUCCUUUUAAGAGAAGCCUUCCCCCUCCUUUCCCAGAUGGCAGCUGCAACUUCUGGGGGAACAGAAAACAGCUUUUAAACCCCUUUUCCCGUGCCAGUUGCUUCUGAAAAAUUGCUGCUUUCCAGCAGAUUCUACUUUUACUGCUGUAAAAUUUUCUACAAUGUGUGUGUCUAGAAACACUUUGAAGAUGGUGAUUUACUUACCAUCUACGCAAAACUGAGGGGCAAUACAAGGAAACGUUUGCAGCAUGCUUGGUGUUGUGACACGGGAGCUGUUCAGAAUGCUUUUGUGAAUGAAUCAAGGCAGGGAUGGACUGGUGAUUUGGAGGCCCUACAGCCUGAUCCUCUGUGUGUUGACUCAAAAGUCAGUCUUGGAUUAUUCCGUGCGCUUUACUCCCAGAUACAUCAUGACAACUGAAAAGAGUUUAGUGGCAGAGGCUGAGACUCCAAAACAGCAGCCACCAAAAGAGGAGGAGGUAGCUGCUGAAACAGAAAAACAGGAAACCUCAUUGGAGAAAGCAUCUCAUCAAGCACCUGAGGGGGAUAAUCAAUCAAAGAAGAAGCUGAAAGCAUCCAAUGGUGAUACACCCACACGGGAGGACCAGAGCAAGAACAAAGAACGCACUUCCGAAAGUCGGGGCCUGUCACGCCUGUUUUCUUCAUUUCUCAAGAGGCCCAAAUCUCAGGUCUCCGAAGAAGAAGGGAACGAGGCAGAAACAAAAGAAAGUGGUGAAGGCCAGAAAGAGACAGAUAUAGGAGAUGAUCUCAAUGAAGAGAUUCUGCUGAAAGCGCCAAUAGCAGCUCCUGAACCUGAGCUCAGAACUGACCCAUCUUUAGACCUUCAUUCACUCAGCAGUGCAGAAACACAGCCUGCUCAGGAAGAUAGAAGAGAAGAUCAGGACCAAGAUCAGGAUCCCGAUCAAGAUCCAGAGAACAGAGAUUUGGAGAUUAAGGAAGAAGAAGAGCAAGGGGAGUGCUGUGAUACAGAAGAGAAAAAAGAACACACCAAGGCAAAACCAGACAAAGAAAUAAAAGGUGCUCAGAAGACAGCAAGAAGACCCAGAAACAGCAUGCACUGCAAGGUUUCUUUGCUGGAUGAUACCAGUUUUGAGUGUUCUGUGGAUAAACAUGCCAAAGGGCAAGAUCUGCUUAAGAAAGUAUGUGAUCACCUCAAUCUAUUGGAAGAAGACUAUUUUGGUCUGGCCAUAUGGGAUACCCCAACCUCCAAGAUAUGGUUGGAUGCUGCCAAAGAGAUUAAAAAACAGGUUCACGGAGGCCCAUGGGAUUUCACUUUCAAUGUUAAGUUUUAUCCUCCGGAUCCAGCACAACUGACAGAGGAUAUAACGAGGUAUUAUUUGUGUCUUCAGCUGAGGAAAGACAUUGUCACCAGCCGGCUUCCUUGCUCCUUUGCUACACUAGCUUUGCUGGGUUCUUACACAAUCCAGUCUGAGCUGGGAGACUAUGAUCCAGAUUUGCAUAGCAUAGAUUAUGUCAGUGAAUUCAAGCUGGCCCCAAACCAGACAAAGGAACUUGAAGAUAAGGUCAUGGAACUACACAAGACAUAUAGAUCAAUGACUCCAGCUCAAGCUGAUCUGGAAUUUCUUGAGAAUGCCAAAAAGUUAUCAAUGUAUGGAGUUGACCUUCACCAAGCAAAGGACUUGGAAGGAGUGGAUAUCACUUUGGGAGUCUGUUCCAGUGGCCUUCUUGUCUAUAAAGAUAAACUGAGAAUCAACCGUUUCCCUUGGCCCAAAGUAUUGAAGAUUUCUUACAAGCGAAGCAGCUUUUUUAUUAAGAUUCGACCUGGGGAGCAUGAACAAUAUGAAAGUACAAUUGGAUUCAAACUUCCUAGUUAUCGCGCAGCCAAGAAACUAUGGAAAGUCUGUGUUGAACAUCACACAUUUUUCAGGCUAACAUCCACUGAAGCAAUUCCCAAGAGCAGGUUCCUGGCACUAGGCUCUAAAUUCCGCUACAGCGGUCGGACUCAGGCCCAGACAAGGCAGGCUAGUGCUUUGAUUGACAGACCUGCACCACAGUUUGAACGGACAGCAAGUAAACGGGCUUCUAGGAGCCUUGAUGGGGCUAAACGUACCUCUCAAAAAAUUGAGUUCAUACCCGUAGAGGAAGAGAAGCAGGAGGAUGUGGUGUUUGUUGGGGUUCCGAAAUCAGAACCUGUGGAACAAUUUCGAGAGAAGCCAGUAAAAGAUGCUCUUCAGGAUAUUGAGAAGAAGCAAAUAGUAAUCAAGGAGGAGGUCAGCUUGGAAGUUCCUGUUGCAGAAACAAAAUUAGUGGAACCAUUAAAAAUCCAGCCAGCUAUAGAUGUUCUUGAAAAAUUUGACGUAAGUACAAUAAAAGAAGAGGAGAAAGAAGAAAAAACAGUUGUGGUGCAGGAUCUAGAACAAAAGCCAGUAUUACUUGAACCAAUUCAGGAGGAGUCAGCAGUAGCAGUGGUUACACCUGACCGAAGCCCACGCCCUACAUCCGCACCGGCUAUUGCUCAGAGUCAUGCAGUCGAGCCCACUCCACCAGCCGUCUCUGAUAACAAGGAACCAGCAGUUACUAAAACAGAGAAGGAGACACAGAGAAAAGAAUUAAAACGUGAAGAAACAUUACCAGAGAAGCCCAAAUCUGAGCCUUCUGAAGAUUUCCAGGUGGGGAAAGUGCAUAUCGAAGUGUCAGUACCCACCAGAAAUGGUGACCAAACUCAGCAGCGUGCAGAAAAAGAGGAAGACCCGAUAAGAAUGAGGAAGAAAAGAUCAAAGAGACUAGAUGGUGAAAACAUUUAUAUAAGACAUAGCAAUUUAAUGUUGGAGGAUCUAGAUAAACCUCAAGAGGAAAUAAAGAAACACCAUGCCAACAUCAGUGAGCUGAAGAAGAACUUUAUGGAAUCUGUUCCUGAGCCACGGCCAAGCGAAUGGGACAAACGGCUGUCCACUCAUUCUCCCUUCCGGACCCUGAACAUCAAUGGACAGAUCCCUACAGGAGUAGAAGGAGUCCAGGUCAAGAAACCCACAUUUCAGUCCUGUGAGAGACAGGUUGGUGGGCCAGAGACUAUGAGUGGCUCUCCCUUCAAAGAGGAUAUGGAUACAGUGGCAGAGGGGAAAAACAUUGCCUCCGACUUUGAAUGGGAGGUCUCGAAGCACUCAGUAGGCUUUAGUGAGAGCCAAAUGUCGGCUACCCAGGAGUCUGCACAAAUUCAUGAAUUUGACACUACUACUUCUAUAAGCAGCGAGGAGGAGGAGGGUGCUGCUGCUCUCGCUGAGAGUGAGGAAGACCUAAGGAGUGAAAAGGGAUUGUAUUCAGAUGUGGAAAAGCAGAUAGAAGUAGAGAUCUCUGUAAUCCCUACUUCACCUCCACUGCAACCCCAUGAGCAAGAGGAGGCUUGUGAUGCGGAAAAGAAACAAAAUUCAAGACAACUACUUAGAAAGCUAAAUGAAAACUGUCACAACUUAAACAGUGAUAAUGAAUUUCCUGACCUCAUUCGCUGCUUCCAGCCACCCCUUGUGAAGACUCAGACUGUUACUAUUUCUGACGUGUCAAGUACUGUGAAAAGUGAAAUCCCAACUAAAGAAGUUCCAAUUGUCCACACAGAGACCAAGACAAUAACUUAUGAAGCGGCACAGACUGAUGAUGGCAGUGGGGAUUUAGACCCUGGAAUUCUGCUAACUGCUCAGACCAUCACUUCAGAGACCACCAGCACCACUACCACUACCCAGAUCACAAAGACGGUGAAAGGUGGAAUUUCAGAAACACGAAUUGAGAAAAGAAUUGUCAUUACGGGGGAUGCAGACAUUGAUCACGAUCAGGUUCUGGUUCAGGCCAUCAAAGAAGCAAAGGAGCAACACCCAGACAUGUCCGUGACGAAGGUGGUGGUCCAUCAGGAGACGGAGAUAGCAGAGUAGCAAGACCCGUGUAUAUGUAUGUGAUAUCUAUUUCAGUCUUGAGAAAGGCCACCUGAAAUAUACCAGCAAAACUACAAGGAGAAACUACCUUGGAGCACCAUGACCUCAAACUUGCCAGAGCUACUUUAUCAGACAUUCUAUCACUCACUACUUGGAGUUGUGCUUUUGAUGUUUACUUGAGAUUCUCCUCAAUACAAUGGAUCCUUUUUUGAUUAUCAUUUUGAUAUAUUGUGACUGACAGUAUGCCAUAAUUUUCAGUGUAUCAAAGUAUUUUUACAGAUUUUCUUUUUGGCAUUCCUUUCCCAGCAACAUAUUUUUUUCAAUCUGUAUCAUGAAGCCAGAAGGCUCACCAGGCAAAAAUACAGGGCUUGCUGAAGGGGGUUUCCUUUAAUUGUAUUGCCAUUCAUAAUUAUUGUCCUUAUCCUCAUGCCCUUGCAAUCUCGCAGUGAAUUCUCACUCAUUUCCCUUAUACUUUAGUGUGGGGAUGUCAGUAAUCUAGAAGUGGCCCUUCUUACUAGAAAACAGCAAAUUAGAGUCCAUUUUGUGCGAGUUUUUUGCUCUCCUCUCAUAAUUGGUCCUGGAGUUUUUCUACCAAUACAUACACAUAUAUACAAGACACAUGUAGGUGUGUCUACUCUUUUUUGGCUCUGGAUUUUCUUUGUGUUGUGAGCCCAAAGAUGCUUCAACAUAACAGGAAGCUGUGGAGGAAUACAGUCACUGGUAUUUCAGUAAUAUAUCUGUGUUAAGAGAGAAUGGAAGUUGCUUACUUUUUAUACUGUGAAUUCUAGAGUUUUUCAGUGAACUGUGACAAGGAACCUUUGCCUUCAUCCCCCCCACCCUUCCUCUCCCAUAUUGCAUUGGGCUUCUUAAAAAUCUGCAUCAAUCUUAUCAGUCAUUCCCCCCCCCCCCAUUAAAUCAAACCUAUUAGAAAAGAGUUUAUGAGAGUAUGGACUCUGAAUGCUAUGAAGUAGGGCUGUAACUUGCAGGAAUAGGUUUUUUUUUCCUUCUCCCUCCUCAGUCCAUUUGUAUUUUCUUUUCUUUUUUUGGUAGGAUAAGCUUAAAAAUUUUGCUGGGUUUCUGAAGCACCACUUAAAUUUAGCACAUUGGUCGGCUGUCCACCCAAGAGAUAUAUGAUCUUUUAUCACAGUUCAGGUAGUCCCUUAGAGAGACAAUCCAGUAGUCCUACGGCUGUAUUCUAAGCAUGUGUGAUGUCAAAAACUGUCUCUGAUUUCCACCGAUUGCUGUUAAAUUGAGGCUGUUUGGAGAUCAGUGAAGUGAACAUAAUUCCAUCAUUUUAAUGUUCUUUUGCGAGAUGAUCUGCAAGUUCUGGUGGGAUGCAGCCAGUGGAGCCUGCUGCUGUUGAGUGUCCUUCCUUCAUUUUAAUGGGAUUGCAUAGAGUGCCUCACAUCAACCUUGCAGAACUGAACGGAAGGUGCAGAGCAGUGGGGCUGAGUGGAUUGCUCCCUCAGGCUCCGUCAUUGUCGUGCUGGAAUGAAAUAGCCGGGCCCUGGAUUUUCUGCUGCAGCUCUCGUUCACUUAACACAGAUGUGUGGUCUGUUUUAUUAACACUGCAGAAUUUUGUAUGGCGUUUUUAAAAAAUCAGAGCAAGACCAACAGUAGACAGAGGAGAUUGGAGGUUUUUUUAAAUUGAAGCUUUUAACUUACAUUUUUAAGCAAAUCAUGUUUUUAAAAAGUUAGCAUGAAUAUUCUAAUUGGAUACAAGGUUCAAUUCUUAUGUACGCUGCUGCCAUUUGCACAAUGGACGAGUGGAAUCAACACCGGGGAGGUGGCAUGCUCUUCUGGCUUGGCUGCAUUUUCUUCCUUUACUGAGCUGGAUGAUAUUUUCCCCCCAAUGGCAAAACUAAAACAGCAGGCCUGACUUUUCCUUCCAGCAGUAUUUGAAAACUGUGUAAGAUAUACACCGUAAGAGUUGUGGACAAUACUAUUUCUGAGAGAAGUGUAAAGUUGAAAUUGUGUUGAGUAUGCCACAUAGCAGGAGCCAUGGAGGGACACGGUCUGCUUCUAAGCUUAAUUCUAGCCUGGGAGAAGUGGAAAAUAAAUUAUUUCUGUUCUUUCAGCUAUUAAAAACCCCCAGAUGCAUUGUUAAAAGAAUUUUACUUCAAUGAACUGAAAACUCCAUUUUACUAUUUUGACUGUAACUUUGCUUGCUACAAUGUCAUAUCACAUUUAAUUUUUUCCCCUAGACUUGAAUGUAUUUUAAUUUAAGUAGUCAGGGCUACAGGCUUUGUUAGAGCUGUGAGGAUUGGUUUGGCUGGGCAGGGGGAGAGAAGAAUUCAGCACUGCUUAGAUAUCUUUUGCUUUGAUAUGCGGUGGGGCACUGGCAGCCACAAUCAGCUUCCAAAGCUGGCAACUGCCACUCAAAAGCUGUGAUCUUGUGCACACUUAGCUAUGGCUAAGCCCCACUGGCAACAGUGACAAUCGCAUCAGUCUUGAGGGGGGGGGGUGUUCUAUAGAAUCUUCUCUUAAUCCCCCCCAAGUAGCCUACAACCCUGCCCUAGACAUAUUUUCUAGAAUUUUAGACUUAAAAAUAUCAAUCCAUAGCACUUAAUAAUGUAUUAUGGAAGAAGAACUUGGAUGUGCCACUUUCUCUUUUGCUGGCUCUUUGUAUUUCUGUAGGUUUUUAAUAGUUUUUUUACCUCCAGUAUUAAAAACUUAAAGCAGCAGUUUUGCAAAAGAAAGGAGGAUCAAAUCCUCCCAGGUUCCCUGCUUGAAAUCAUCUGAUUUCUCCUCCUUGCUGCAGUCUCCAUCCUCUAUGGCUUUUGUCAAUGUGAUUCCUGUGGUCCCUGGCUUAGCUUUUUGAUGGUCAAAUUAAGGCCCCUCCUUUCUUUCACCAGUGGGGGAAAAAGUCUGCUAGGCUCCAAGCCAGAAUCAUCCUUCUAGAAGGUCAGCCCUUAUUAGUGUAGUUCAGCAACGUCUCAUUUGAAACUGCCUUAAACUGAACCAGACCAUUGGUCCAUCUAGGUCAGUAUUGUCUCUCCGACUGGCAGGAGCUCUCCAGGAUCUCAGGCAGAGGUCUUUCACAUCACAUCCUGCCUGGUCCUUUUAACUGGAGAUGCCAGAGAUUGAACCUGAGACCUUCUGCAUGCCAAGCAGAUGUUGGACUACUGAACCAUGGCCCCUCCCGUAACAGCUCCCCUGAGCUGUUUCUUUCCAGUGUUUUUGAAGGGUAUGGCUUGUCCUUCCUUCUGCUCUUAUUUCAGUAAUCCACAAACAGCUGGGGGGUUGUUCCCCACAUACUUGCCCUAUCCAUUGACCCACCUGCUUCUCUUUCAGAGUUCUCCACCACCUUUUUGGAUCCCAGAACCCUCCAAUAUAGUAUGCACCAUUAAGACCUCCCCCUCCCCUACCCAUGGUUUCUGAUUAGGGUAGGUUUUCUGACCAAACACAACCUAGGCACAACUGUUUUCUUCGAAAAAGGCCAGCUGAAAAGCCUCCCACCCUAUUUAUAGCUUCUCUUGCAUGUGUGUACACAAGAACUCCCCCCCCCCCCAAUACAGGUUGUAUACAUGGUUGACUUAUGUAAAUAUGUAGUGGCAUUUUUUUUUAAUUAAACUGAUCUCAUUAAAAGUUCCAAAUCUCAAGAGAAGGGAUCACACCAUUGUAAAAGCCCUAAGGUCAGAUGCAACAGCAAAGGGACUUUAUAUGUGAAAGAACUUAUAGAAAAUUGCUAGUGUGUGUGCAUGUGUGUGUGUUUCCUGUAUGUUUAAAACUGGAUUUGUUCAUCACAGCUGUACUUGAGCAAAAGUUAGUUUUGAAGAGUUGAAACAAUUCCAGUGUAAGAUUUUCAUCUCUGAAAGAAGAUGCUCCCACUUCAUGCAUUAGAUGCAUGGAUUAGAAUACAUUCAGGGCUAUGUCCACGCUAUUACUUCUGUGGGAGAAAAAUACAGAAUUCUGCUAUGUAUAAUUAAUGCAAACAAAUUAGCCUGACUUUGUAAUUUGAAUAAUUUGUUUUGCUUAUCCUGGGAGAGAGGCAAGGAGCUUUAGGAGGCAUUGAAACAUCUUCAACUGGUGAAGAUCUUAUUCAGCACCUCCUCUGGCUUCUAGAUUGCCCGGGCAGAGCCACACGCUUGACAACCAUAAGGGCUGGAAACUUGAUUUUAAUGCACAGCUUUAAAGAUGCUGUAAGGGGAGAUCUUAACCAUUAGUCUGUUUGUAGAACUUGUGAACAGUCCCCUGGGUUGUUUACCUGUGGCAAGUAAAGAUUGUUUCCUGGCAACCAGACCAGAAGAUGGCAUUACUUAAUUGAGCAAGCGUUGGUGGGGUCUUUCAGGUUGUUGAUGUGCCACAAGUGAUUUCACAUAAGUAUGUGGGCAAGCGGGCUGGUAGGGGGGGAGGGAAACCUGUUUCAGGCCGAUAACUUCUUUUGUGCUUUAUUUGCCAGCUGGUUUAGCAGACACUAUGAAAACAUCUUACAUUUAAGACAGCAGGGAAGAAUCUUCCUGUCUGCUCACUAACAAACGUGCCGUACAGCCAUUUCUUAGAAGGUGGGAUCUUAGUUGCAUCCUCGAAAGUGCUCCCCUCACACUGAAGUCCACAGAAUACAUUUGACUUCAGGUGCCCCUCGAAAUGUCUGGAGACCAACCCCACUGUUACUGGUGCACAUUAAUGAAAUGUGAUCUCUAUAAUGCGGAGAGAUGUCUUCAGUUAUGUCCUUCCUAAUUUAUGGGGUGAUCCAGAAACUGUCCUGACUGUAUAGUAAAAAGAAGCUAUUUAUAUAUGAAUGUUUGUACAGAAGGAAGGCAGGAGCACCGUGAGUUAUACUGACCAAACUGGGAGAAAGAAAAUACAGCUUCACAUGCCAUACACCAGCAUGAGGCCAACCAUUAAAGUACUGAUACAUCUUAGUCAUUUGGGGUUUUCUUAAACGGUGGUUUGCCAUUUUCAUACAAAGAAAAAUUAACCCUUGGUGUACUUAACAUUGGGUUUGUUUUUGUUCUGGUUUUUUUUUUUACAUGAUCACAAACUAUUUCACUGCACAUAUGAAGGAGCUUUGUAAAUUUUUUAAGAGAAUGGUGAAUUGUAUAGAAUAGCAAGUUACAUCUUUCUUUUAAAAAUAGGAAAUAUUGCAACAGAGUAAAAAAGAUAAUCUUUAUAGUUUAAGUAGCUGUUAUUUUGGACUUUUGUAGUUAAAAGAAAAGUGGAUGUAGCAUUUAGAUAUAAGUGUUCAAUCUUGCUACUUGUAUUGCAUUUUUUCAAUAAAUUUUCAAAUAAAAAUAGUAUCUUGGUUGUC